GUAAAUAUUAAUAUAACAACUUCGAAAGUCCUUUAACAUACAUCAACACAAAAUGGGAAAUAUUGAAUGCAUUAAUAGGAAAGAAGACAACUGAGACUUCUUGAAAGAAAAUGAAGAUGAUCCCUACUCCUUUGAUUCAUCUAUUAAAAGGAUGGAUAUGAAGCUUUCUAAGAAAACCCGGACUGAGGAUACUUUUAACCAAAUACUUAGUUUGGAUAAAUUCCAAAAUCAAGAUAUUAGUGAAAACCUAAGAGUUUUGCUCAAAAAGAAGCGAAAACCCCAGAAGAACAUCAAAACUCCCAAACCUUCUAAAAGCCACAAGCUUCAGAACUACUCAGACAUCCUCACAACCCAAAAAGACAAUACCCACACCCCAAAAAUCACUACCAGCCACCAAAACCCCAAUCUCGACUUUAACGAAAUCCUCGCUACAGAAUUCUCUCGUCAAAAGAAAGAAAUCUACUCCAAACUAACCAGUGACGAUACAUCAUCCAUCUCCUCAGAGAACUCAACCGCCCGCAGAGUCAGUACAAAAUAUCUCCAAAGAGUUCCACCCACCGAAGACAACCAGGUCAGAACCCAUGAGUCCUAGCCAGCCUAGCAGGCUGGCUAGGACCACUGGCUUUUGAAGUACUGGUCGAGACUCAGUGGUCGGGAGUGAUGCUUUGGAUAAGUUUAUGUAAAUAAGUU